AUGGCCCCGACAAAGAAAUCGAUCUACCGCCAGCCUGGCACCCAGCACUUCCAGCUCGUCCACCGUUCCGUCCGCGACCCGCUCGCCAACGACCCCGAUGCUCCCCAGCAGGUCUUCAAGCCUAUCGAGCGCUACAAUGUUGCCGGAAAGGAGAAGGGCGCCGUGACGCUCGCCGACCUCGAGCACCAGAUGGACAAGACCAAGAUCCGCGACAACGAGGGCGAGGCUGCGAUGUACGGAAUCACGUACGACGACUCCAAAUACGACUACAUGCAGCAUCUGAAGCCCGUUGGCGAGGAGGGCUUUGAGAGUGUGCUCCUCCCGGCGCCGCGAGGCUCGAGUGUCGCGCAGGGCAUGAAGAACCAGGGCCAGCGGAGCAAGGGCAAGGGGCGGAGCGAGGACAUGUUCAAGAUGCCCGAGGACGUGAUGGCGUCCAAGCACGAGCUUUCACUGCAGGAGGUGCGGGAGAGGCAGCAGAACAUUCCCACAGAGCUGCAGGGCUUCAACCCCGACAUGGACCCGCAUCUGCGCCAGGUGCUCGAGGCGCUCGACGACGACGAGUUCAUUGAGGACGACGGAAACGACGAGGACUUCUUCGGCGAGCUCGUCGGUACCGGCGAGGCGUACGACGAGUACGACCGUGAGGAAUACGAGUUCCACGAGUGGGGACCCGAGGGCAAGCCGAAGCCGGUCGAGGAGGACGGCGAGCCGCGCGAGGAGACGUGGGAGGACCGCUUCCGAGCGUUCAAGGAGGCGGGUGGCCGGCCGAACGCCCCCGUCUCGAACGGCGGAUGGGAGUCUGGAGAGGGAGAGGACUAUGACGAGGAGAACCGCUCCGAGAUGGCCGACACGGUCGGCUCGCUCUCUGGACUCCCGGACAUGAUUGUCAAGGGCGGCAAGAAGCGCCACGGCAAGCGCGGACCGUCCGACGCCUCAGGCAUGAGCAUGUCGUCCGCGAGCGUGUACAGGAACAACAACCUGCGCAAUCUCGACGAUCAGUUCGACCGGAUUGAACGCGAGUACGAGCUCGACGACGACGACGAGUGGUGUGAGGACGACGAUGACGAUGUCUCUAUCGCGCCGUCUUACAUGUCCUCCGCCUCGCGAGUUAGCAUGUUCAAGGGCGGCGACUUUGAACCUGGAGAGCCGCUUCAGGUCACGCGCGACGACUUUGAUGCCAUCAUGGACGACUUCCUUGAGAACUACGAGGUCGUCGGCAACCGUAUGCGCGAGUCGCUGGGUGGUACAGCCCUCUCGGGUCCGGAGAAGCUCAAGGUCCUCCGUUCAGCCCUCGAGCAGGGAGACGAAGGACUCAGCAAAGAGGAGAACAGGCGGCGCAUCCUGGCAUUGGAGAAGCUCAACCGCGGACCCCUCAAGGAGGACAAGGAGCGCAUCCCGCGCGCCAAGAUCGAGCCCGCCAAGGAGGACAAGUGGGACGUUGAGACGAUUCUCUCCACAUACACCAACACCGAGAACCACCCCGGCAUGAUCCGGGUGCGGUCGUCGAGGGAGGCCAAGGAGCGUGCCGCGCGCAAGGCUGCCGCGGCCGCUGCUGCGAUCCAGGAGGAGGAGCAGGAAGAGGAUGAGGAAGACUCCGGCUCGGAGACCGAGACUGAGGCGCCCAAGGUGACGGUUGCGCGCAAGAAGGGCGAGAGUGCGGAGGAGAAGCGCGCGCGCAAGGCGGCCGUCAAGGCUGAGCGUGCGAACCGCCGUGCCGAGAAGAAGUCGCACAAGGAGACGUUCAACGAGGAGCGCAAGCGCCAGAUCGCCGGCCACCGCAAGGCAGUCACGGGCGGCAAGGCGGCGGACAUUGCCGUCGGCGCCAAGGGCGUGCACUCGCUUCGCUGA